UAAUUAUUUUCCAAUAUAAAUACAAGGAACAUCCGUAUCUAUUCAAAUAAAGUCAUGGAACGUCAUUUAAUUGAAUUUAUUCAAAUAGUGGUAUAGACGCAUACCAAAUCUUCAUCUAGAUAAGCUGUCGUGCGUGUUUAGAAUUAAAACUUUUAAUCGCCUAUCAAAUAAUUUUCCUUACUUAACGUCUGGAUAAAAAAAAGAAAUCACAAUUUUGUAUAUGAAUGAUUUCAAGUGUUAAUGACAAUCAUUUUGAUAUAUUUCGAUUUUUAGAUUUCGGUCGAUGAAAUUUGAAGUAUACAAAAACAAAGGUGGUAAUAUUUAUUUUUCUUUUUUUCAAAGGAUAGUUCAAAAUUUUCACAACGCAAGGGAUAGUUCUAAACUUGUCGCUGUUUCGUCUUCAGUGUGUAUACUGCUCGGUUAAAGUAUUUUUUUCGGAUAAAAAGUGAAAAAACUGAAACUCAGUAACAAUGGUAACCGUAACGAAGGACGGUGUUACUCGGAACAUACCAAUGACCACGAGUCAGAAGAUACUGCACCAUAUCAAGGCGAAUCUCAUCAUUAUAUUAAUGGUGAUCGCCUUGGCGAUUGGCGUCAUCGCUGGGCUGACGGUACGGACGGCGGACGGUUGGGAAUACUGGCAGAAAAGGAAGAUAUUCUACCUGAGAUUUCCGGGAGAUUUAUUGAUGAACAUGUUGAAGAUGUUGAUAUUACCUCUAAUCAUUUCCAGUAUCAUAUCAUCCCUAGCAUCUCUCAAUGCUAAAGCAUCCGGUAAAAUGGGCCUUCGAGCGGUUGUGUAUUACUUGACAACGACGUUUGCUGCCGUCAUCAUGGGUAUAAUCCUCGUCCUUGCCAUUGAGCCCGGCAAGAAGGGCGGUGAAAUAACUAGAUCAGGCAGUUCCAAGGAACAGGAACCCCUGGAAGCACUUUUUGAUCUUAUCAGGAACUGUUUCCCAGACAACCUCGUGGAAUCAGCUUUCCGAAGGCAAACAACAGUAACGGGUACUUUCAAAUAUCAACUUCCAAUUACACUUGAUGAUGAGAACAAGACGGAAGUGAUGGGUAACUAUACGAGUGAGUCGCCUAAUGUAGAGAAGAGUGAGGGGAUGAAUAUACUCGGUAUUGUCGUGUUCUCGGUGUUCCUCGGUGCCGUCAUCGCCUCCAUGGGGCAUGCCGGGAAACCCCUUCUUGAUUUCUUUGAAGCCCUCCAUGUCGCAACCAUGAAACUAACUAUGCUUGUUAUCUGGUACUCGCCAAUAGGUAUCAUUUUUCUGGUAUCUACGAAAUUGAUAGAGAUGGAGAAUCCUGGCACCAUAUUUAUACAGCUUGGUUACUACAUGUUGACGGUGCUGGCGGGCCUCGCAGCACAUGGUCUUAUUGUUUUACCGGUGGUCUAUCUCAUUGCGACGCGGAAGAAUCCACUCAUAUUCAUGUACAACAUGUUGAAGGCCUUACUCACAGCUUGGGGAACGGCAUCCAGCUCUGCAACACUUCCGGUUACAAUGGAAUGUCUUGAGCACAGAAAUAACAUUGACAUCCGGGUAGCAAAGUUUGUAGCACCAAUUGGCGCCACAAUAAAUAUGGACGGCACAGCUCUAUACGAGGCUGUAGCUGCCAUCUUUAUUGCUCAAGUGAACGGGGUCGGUCUGAGUAUUGGAGAGGUCAUCACCGUUAGUUUGACAGCAACAGCAGCAGCCAUUGGUGCCGCCGGCAUACCGUCAGCUGGACUUGUUACAAUGACUAUAGUGUUGACGGCUGUCGGCUUACCGACGGAAGAUGUGUCCUUGAUCCUUGCAAUAGACUGGUUCUUGGAUCGCUUCAGAACAGCUAUCAAUGUACUCGGAGAUUCUUUUGGUGCUGGAAUAGUUGAUCACUUGUCAAAGGCAGAUCUUAGUGAGAUUGACCAUUUAAAUGAAUUAGAAAUGGCAGAAGAGACGACAAAAGCCGAGGAGGCGGGAAUCACGAACACAGCGUUUGUCAAUGGCGGAAUGAAAGAAACGGAAAAUGGCGAAAUUGGUUCACGUUUAUAAGACACUUACAUAACUCACAGUACUAAUGGCAUAAUUUUUCUUGAUAAUAUCAACAUUUAGAUCUGAAAUCAGAAUGAAUGCUUUUCAUUUCAUUAACCCUGCAUUUUCGCAAUAGCAGACUGUGCAAAGUCAGACUUGUUCACACCGAGAUGACAGACUUUCGGUAAAGAUUGUGGCAAAGCUUUAAUUGUAAUUAAAGCCUUGAUUGUACAAAGCAAAUACAAGCUCCCUUUUUUAAAGAUAAAACUUACCAUUUUUCACGAGAGUUUCUUGUUUAUAGAAAAAUAUUUUCCGACGAAAUCCGCAAUGUUUUCCAGAAACUCCGUGACAGUUAUCAUAAGAACUCCUGAAAAGUUAUCAUAAGAACUCCAUUCUUCGUGUAACAGUACCUCCCAGUGAUUGUGGUAUUUAUGAAGGAAUUAAAGGCAAUCUUAUGCAUAGGAAGGUAUUUCAAAGGGAUGAGGACAGACUUGUUUCAUACAUUUCCGAAUGGAUUGGAGACAAAAUAAGGAUGUAGCCUACAUGUAAAUUACAUGUAGCUUUUAUUACUUCUUACUCUGUUAUCUGUGCAUCAUAAAGAAAAACAUUUUUUUUGUAAAAAUAGACGUUACCUAUUUUGUAUAUGUUUAUAUUAAUGUGUAAUUAGUGUAAGUUACCUGUAACACAUUAAAAGCUUUCUUGUUA